UAUCUAACAUCAAAGACGAGAAAUCGCGUAGGAUGAAUGGUACACCGCCGUUAAGCCGGCUGCAGUAGUAAUCCAGUGCAACGGCGAGCGGUAUCGCGCGGAGAGACAUGUCACCAGCCGAGACUCUCAUCCUUCUGGCGAUUGUUCUCGUGUCAGCGUAUUCGUAUCCGCAGAACACGCUGCUGAACGAUGUGGAGACGGUCAUCAAGUCCGUGUUCAAAACUGCCCGUGAACCGGCCACGUUCAAUUUGUACACCAGGGAGAAUCCAUUCGGCGAGGAGCAAUUGUUUUUAAACAAUACAGAGGUCCUCUACGCGUCUCACUUCAACGAAAGUCGUCCGACCAAGUUCAUCAUUCACGGAUACAGCGACACCGGAAACGAAGCCUGGGUACGAGGUCUGAUAGACGCGUAUCUGCUUUACGAGGACGUGAACGUGAUCGUCGUGGGAUGGGGCACCUUGGCGCUGGAUAUCUACCCGAUAGCAGCGAACAACACGCGACGCGUGGGCGAGUUUUUGGCCGACUUUUUGGAGUUCCUGAACCGCGAGUCGAACCUCGAGUACAAAGACGUCCACAUCAGCGGCCACAGUUUGGGCUCGCACGUGGCGGGAUUCGCGGGCGCUUAUUUGGACGGACGCGUCGGUAGAAUAACAGGCCUAGAUCCGGCGAGUCCCCUGUUCGAGACGAUUUCUGGAAUUGUUGACCCGGAAUUCAGAUUAGAUCCAACCGAUGCGCAAUUCGUGGAUGUGAUUCAUACGAGCGGUUCUGCCUUCGGAUUCUUGGCACCACUGGGUCAUGCUGACUUUUAUCCCAACAACGGAAAGUUUCCACAGCCUGGAUGCUCGUUCGUGCCGACCACGACUUAUUGCAGUCACUCGAGGGCACACCAAUUCAUGACAGAGAGCAUAGGAAGCACGGCUGGAUUCAAGGCGAGGACCUGCGAUAAUUGGGAGAAGUACGAAGAUGGACACUGCGAUUACAAUCCAGUCGUGUUGAUGGGAGAGUACGCGUCUACGUCGCUGCGGGGAAAAUUUUAUUUGGCGACGAACGACGCGCCCCCGUUCGCGAUAGAGUAAAACGCCUCGCGACGACGAUGGGAAACCCCCCGACGUUUGAAACGACCGUGUGGCGGCGAUCGUGUUCUCGCG